AUGGCGGCACGCGCCCUGCUGUCCCUUGUGUUGCUCCUGCUGAGCGGCGCCCUGCGUCCCGCGGCGGCCUGCACCUCGUACAUCGUGGGCCCCGGCGCCUCUGCCGACGGCAGCGUCCUGAUCGCGCGCAACGACGACGGCGAGGGCGCGAUCGCGCCCAGCUGGCUGGUGUACCACCCCCCGCGCCCGGGCCCUGCCCCCUACCACGCCAACCUCAACAACCUCUCCCUUGAGCUGCCCGCCCCCGGCCUCGCGUACUUUGCGCUGCCCUCGGGCCCACUGGCAGACGCCGCCACGGGGCGCAACACCUCUGGCGAGGCGGCGGGGUGGAACAGCGCGGGGGUGGCGGUGUCGGCCACAGAGUCGAUCUACAGCUCGGUGGCGGCGCUGGCGGCGGACCCGAUGAACGAGGGGAGCGGCAUCAUCGAGGACGCCAUCCCAUCCAUACUGCUGCCUCAGGCCACAUCAGCGCGCCAGGCUGUGCGGGUGCUGGGAGACCUGGUGACGCUGCGCGGCGCUGGGGAGGCGUUUGGGGUGCUGGCCGCGGACGCAGAGGAUGCCUGGUAUCUGGAGGUGGCCUCGGGGCACCACUGGCUGGCGCAGCGCGAGGUCGACCUGGAGGAUCAGGAUUCAGUGCUGGCCUCCCCUGGGCUGCUGAACUUUGCGGUGGAGGCUGGGCUGUACGACCCGGGCUCGGGGCGCCCCUUCAACUUCUUCGCCGCCUUCAUGCGCGACGGCCCCCACGACGUCAACUACUCGUACCCGCGCGUCUGCCUGCUGCAGCGCCUGUUUGGCGCCUGCCCCCCCGCCGCCAACUGCGCCAACAUGCUGGCGCAGCCCACGUUCAUGCGGCCCACGCCGCACAAGCUGGGCGUGCGGGAUGUCAAGGCGGCGAUGCGCAACCACUGGGACGGCUCCGCCCACGACCCGUACCUGCACGGCAACCCGGACGAGCCGUGGCGCCCCAUCGCGCUGCUGCGCACCAGCAUGGGCCACGUCACCCAAGUGCGUCCCGCGGCGGCGGGCCUCCCCGACGCCCUCUCCAUCAUCACUCACGUCACCUUUGCCACCCCCAAGCUCGCCCCCUUCAUCCCGCUGUACAAGGGCCUGCCCGGGGAUGCGGUGCCUCGGGAGCUCACGGUGGCGCGGGCGGGGCAGCCCGAUGCGGUGUCGCUGUUCUGGCGCGCCCGCCGCCUGCAGGCGCUGGUGUUCCAGGACUGGGGCGUGCUGGCGCCGCCCGCGGCCGCCGCCAUUGUGCGGUUUGAGGAGCGGGUGGAGCAGGAGCUGUGCCCCGCCUUUGAGGCGCGGUACGUGGAGGCGCUGGGCGCGGGCAGGGAGGAGGAGGCGGCGCGGGAGCUGGUCGACUUCACGGCCUGGGUGGUGCAGGAGGCGGGGGCGCUGCUGGACAGGCUGGCAGCCAAGGCCGCCAAGGCGCUGGGGCUGCCGGGCGUGCCGGAGGAUGCCAGGAUGCUGGAGAUGCUGGAGGAGGCGGCAGAGGCGUAUGCCUUUGAGCCCACCUCCGACGCACUGCCGGCGGGCGCCAGGCUUAGCGGCGCGCCGGGGCAGCGUGGCGUGGGCGGCGGCACCAGCACGGCGUGA